AUGACCACAAUAGCUAAUCUAACAAUUCCUCAUUUCAGGGAAGUCAUUGAUAAUGCUAGAAGUUUGAUUGAUGAGGCAAUUGCUCGUAAUCUGAACAUAAACGAUCUUAUUUUUGGUCCUUCAAUGAAAUAUAAGUGUCAAUCUCAAGGUCUGGCUUCCCCAAUUCCUGAAUUUCAAGUGUUCUUCAAUGAUCAUGUCUUGAAUGAUUUCAAUACUCUAUUUAGAUCUCUCCCUCCAAAAAGGGGAUACUUUGCUGCUGGCGUGCCAGGUUCAUUCCUUGGGCGUUUAUUCUCCAGGUCCUCUCUUCAUCUAAUGCAUACUUCCACUUCAUUGCAUUGGCUAUCUCAGUCUCAGAUGCCAGAAGAGAUUCUAAAUAACCACUCUCCUGUUUGGAACAAGGGCAGAAUUUUCUACACUAAUGCCUCAGAUGAAGUAUGCAAAGCAUAUGCCACCCAGUUCGAAAAGGAUAUGGAGAUAUUUUUGGAUGCUAGAGCCAAAGAGCUUGUGGUUGGUGGGAUUAUAUUAAUCAUGGUGCCAACUAUCCAUGAUGGGAUUUCUCAUUCUUGUGAAUAUUUUAAUGUGUCGUUUGAUAUUCUGGGAUCUAGCCUCAUGGACAUGGCUAGAGAGGGAUUGGUGAGAGAAGUGCAAGUGGAAUCGUUCAAUCUCCCCUUUUAUAUUCCAUCUGCUAAGGAGGUGACAGAACUUGUAAAAAGAAACAGUUGCUUCAUUAUUGAGAGAACUGAGUUAUUUAAAGCUUUUUCGGAAAUGUUAAUGGCGGAAUCAUGCAUGUGUAAUGAAUGGAGGAGAUGGCGAUUACAGCUAUGCAAUUCAGCUAUUGCAAACUCGUCUUUUCGGUGUGUGAGAGAAGCCAUUGAUAAUGCUAAAAGAUUGAAGCUGUGA